AUGGCGAUUGAUGGUGUUUCAAAUUCAAACUUUAAAUCAACAAUGGAUUUAUUACAAAAAGAACAAUUUUUAAAUUUAAAUAAGAAAAAUCAUAAGGGUGGUUCAUUUAGAUUUGGCGAAGAGGAAUGGAUCUACUGCGACAGUAAGCUAACAAAUAAUUGCUGGAGUGAACCUUUGGAAUAUCUAUGGGAUGGUUGCACUUUGGUUGCUUCAUCAGAAUCAAAGACUCAUAUGGGUAAAGGAAGAUGGAAUGGCGUCUGGUUAACAUGGUAUAGUGAAGAAAAAAUAAAAGAGCCUUACCUUAAAUACUUAUAUCAACCCUCAUUAAAGCAAUUUACUUUCGAUAGCUUCCCCAUUAGAAACCAAUUCUCUUGGACAUUAUCAAGACACUUUUUAGUUUCUUCAUCAAGCCUAGCCGGUGGAGAAUGGAUUAUUGAAGGCGAUUUUCCACCGGCACUUGUAAUGUUGGUCCAAAUGAUGAAGUAUUAUAGAGCAGGAAAAUAA